AUGUUAUCUACCCCUCAACCCGGCCUGCUGCAAUACUCAAUCGCUGCGUAUGUGGAUGACGUGCGGUACGGGAGGUACAACAGUGACACCCGCCGCUGUGAGCCUCUGUAUCCAUCGCUAAAUGUAUUAUCCAAACACUUUGAUAUUCAGACCAAAAAUGCACGAGACACAGAAAGUACACAGAAAGCGAGGAUGAACUUUAUUAUGGACCUUUUAAACAAGACUCAUGAUAUUAAUCACGUGUACCAAACCAAGGCUGCCUGUGUGCUGCAUGAAGAUGGUACAGUUGACGUAUACCAAGAAGUGGCAUUAGAUGGCAAACAGCUCAUAGUGUUUGAUAAAGACCUAGUGGAGUUUGUGCCUGCGACCCAAGAAGCCGUGCUACUCACUCAGUUAUGGACUAAACAUUACGCGAAUGCAAAGAAAGAUAAAUUGUUCUUGGAAAAUGAAUGUACCCAGCAUUUGAAACUGUAUAUACCAUAUAUAAAGAGUUACUUGGAUAAGAAAGUGCCCCGUGUAAAGAUGUCAAACUCAGAGAGUGGUACCAAACUGCACUGCCGGGUGUAUGGGUUCUACCCCCGAGAUGUAGUUGUCAAAUGGAUAAAGAAUGGGAGAGAUGAGAUUCACUCAGAGGAGGCAGCACAGAUCCUGCCAAACCCUGAUGGCACCUAUCAGAUCAGAGUCAGUGUGGGGGUAACACCAGAGGGGGGCGCCACUUACUCCUGCCAUAUAGAUCACAGCAGCUUGGAGAAGACACUGGUUGUUCCGUUUGGUGAGUGA